CCAACGCCGAGGCCAGCAACACAUCUUGGGCAGUCUUCAUUCCUCUCCUCUCCAACUCGUCGCAGCCGCAAAUCGCAAGGACAGCAGGAGCUAACCCGACGAGGCCACGCGACCACCACCCACCGGUCUAGCGCCUCCUCGUCGUCGCCGUUGCUUCCCGCCCUUUCCCUCGGUUCCGCCUGAAAUCGCGAUGACGAAGAAGCAGCGCAGGGAGGCUGGCGCCAGGCGGCAGCAGCAGGCCCGCCAGCGGCUGCGGCCGUCGCCGCUGCUGCAAGCGCGCGACGAGCGCUCCGUCUCAUGCACCACCUUCAACAUCCUCGCGCCGAUCUACAAGCGCAUGGAUUCUGAGAAUGGCAGGGAGAGCCAGAACAGGGCCAACUGGUUUAGCAGGAAUGAGAAAAUCAUCGACCGCCUCCUCGGCGAUCGCUCCUCCAUCAUCUGCCUCCAGGAGGUGUGGUUGGGGAAUGAUGAGCUAGUAAACAUGUACGAGAAGCGGCUCGGUGAUGCGAAUUAUACGCUGUUCAAGCUAGCCCGCACAAAUAACCGCGGAGAUGGUCUUUUAACUGCUGUACAUAGGAAUUACUUCUGUGUCUUGAACCACCGGGAGCUUCUUUUCAAUGAUUUUGGAGAUCGAGUUGCUCAGCUAUUGCAUGUUGAGUCAGCCAUACCUUUCUUGCAAAAUCGGAGCAGCAGCUAUGUCCAGCAGCAGAGCCUCAUCGUGAACACUCAUUUGGUGUUUCCCCACGAUCACAGCCUUUCAAUAGUUCGACUGAAGCAGGUAUAUAAGAUCCUUCAGUACAUAGAAGCUUACCAGGAAGAGCAUAAACUUGGUCCAAUGCCUAUCAUCUUAUGUGGUGAUUGGAAUGGAAGUAAGCGCGGCCAAGUUUACAAAUUUCUUCGUUCACAAGGAUUUGUUUCAUCAUAUGACACUGCUCAUCAGUACAGUGACAGCGAAGAAGAUGCACACAAGUGGGUGAGUCAUCGGAAUCAUAGAGGAAACAUCUGUGGAGUUGAUUUUAUAUGGCUUCUGAAUCCAGACAAGUGCAGGAAGCCCCUGAAAACUAGCUGGAAUGAAGCUGUCUUUGGUAUUAUCAAGUAUCUUCUUCUCCAAGUUGCAUCCCUUCCGGAGAAUGCAUUUGCACUUCUCAAAGCUGACAGUUCAGAUGAUCGUAUCACAUAUUCAAGCUUCUGCCAGGCACUUUGUCAGUUAGGAAUGGUCCACCCUGAUCGUGUAAAUUCUGAAGAAAUGGAAGAUCUAUGGAGUGAAGUUGACCACGAUGGGAAUGGUGCUGUUGACUACAAAGAAUUUCAGCGGUGUAUCUGGAGCCCAAAAUGCUACAACCAAGAAGAGGAGGAUGAUACUGAAAUCGACGCCGCUGAAGGAAGCAUCAUCACAUUUGAGCCGAACGACGAAACCUUUGGCUUCACCGUGAAGGAAGCUGUUCUGUUCCCCCCAGAAGUUGAGAAGGGCAUGUGGCCUGAGAACUACAGCCUCUCAGAUCACGCGCCCCUUACUGUGGUGUUCUCCCCUGUAAGAAUGCCUUGCUCUCCACGCACUCCUCAGCACCCCUAGCUAUCAAACGCCAGUACAGAUGCAAGCUUUGUACAGUUUUAGGUAUACGGUGAGAUAUACACCAGAGAAGUUUUAUUUUAGGUACCGAAAGUGGUAAGAAGAGGCAACAGACAUGAGUUGCUGUUGGCCUACCUUUUGGGGCAUGCUGAUGAUGUCUCUGCAAACAGUUUGUAUCCAAAGCUGUCUCCACAUGUUCAUAAAUGUAAAUUUUUCUGUCUAUUCUUGGUGUAAGAUAAACUGAAUUGUGAGGGCUUCACACGGAAAUUUAGGGAUAAUUGCUGAUUAAGACCGAAUUAACUUGUUGUGUUGUUUUCUUGAGUC